UACCUUAACUCCACAAAUCUCUUCAAAUUGAAAUGAAGUAACUUCUUGUUAUGAAAAUAAGACUAGCGUAACUAGCGUGUUUGUAUCAAUUUCGUUGAUUAUAUAGCCACUAACAUUCAUAUGAACCCUCUAUAGACACAUAACACCUUAUCCCUUGAAAAGUUUAGCCACCUAUCUUUCUCUCAAGAGCCAUGGAGCUUUUCUUCCUCUUCCUCACACUUCUCUUUCUCUAUCUCUACGUUCAAUUCCUGAAUAGUAAAAAACCAAUAAAAAACAUAGGCUUUAAAACCUACCCUCUAGUUGGAGUCUUACCGGAUUUCUUGAAACACCGCCACCGCUUCCUUGAAUGGAGCACCGAAGUCCUCCGUGACUGCCCCACCAACACCGCCGUCUUCUCCCGUCCAGGCAAGGUCCACGGCGUCAUAACGGCGAACCCCGAAAACGUUGAACACAUGCUGAAGACCAAAUUCGAAAACUACCCUAAGGGCGAACGGUUCAUCACCCUCCUCGACGAUUUCCUCGGCAGAGGAAUCUUCAACUCUGACGGCGAGCUCUGGAAGGUUCAGAGAAAAACAGCAAGCUACGAAUUCAACACCAAAUCGCUCCGAAACUUCGUUAUGGAGAAUGUUACGGUCGAAAUCCAAACGAGGUUGCUUCCAAUUCUAUCCAGAGCCUCCGAGAAAAACAGGGUAAUCGAUUUGCAGGACAUGUUGGAGCGGUUCGCGUUCGACAACGUGUGCAAGCUCGCGUUCGACGUGGACCCCGGGUGUCUCGGCGGAGACGGCACCGCAGGGGCGGAGUUCAUGGCGGCGUUCGAGAACGCCGCCAUGCUGAGUUCGGGGAGGUUCAUGUGUGCGUUCCCGUGGCUGUGGAGACUGAGGAAGGUUCUCAACGUGGGAACGGAGCGGAGUCUAAAAGAAUCAAUCGCCACCGUUCAUGAGUUCGCUGAUAAGAUCAUACGGUCCAGAACGGAAGCCAAGGGCCCCACCACCCACGACCAGGACUUGCUCUCACGCUUCAUUGGAGCAGAGGAUAAUUCCCCUGAGUUCCUCCGCGACAUCGUCAUAAGCUUCAUCCUCGCCGGACGCGAUACGACGUCAUCCGCUCUUAGCUGGUUCUUCUGGAUUCUGUCUUCGAGGCCCGACGUGAGGAAAAAAAUCCUCGACGAAAUCGAAACGGUUCGGUCCAAGAACCGCGGCGGCGAAGAAGAAGAUGAAGAAUUAGCACCGUUCGGGUACGAGGAACUGAAGGAGAUGCAGUACUUGCACGCCGCAAUUUCGGAGACAAUGAGGUUGUACCCUCCAGUACCGGUCGACACGAAGGCGUGCUUGAACGACGACGUUUUGCCAGACGGUACGAGGAUUAAGAAGAACUGGUUCAUAACUUACCACACGUACGCCAUGGGGAGAAUGGAGAGCGUGUGGGGGAAAGAUUGCACCGAAUUCAAACCCGAAAGGUGGUUGGAGGAUGGUGUGUACCGAACCGAGUCUCCGUUUCGGUUUCCGGUUUUCCACGCGGGUCCCAGAAUGUGUCUGGGGAAAGAAAUGGCUUAUAUUCAGAUGAAGUCCAUUGCAGCUUCGGUGAUGGAGAGGUUUGAGAUUGUUGCACUUGAUAAGGACACGUGUCCCCAGCAUCUUUUGUCCUUGACUUUGAGGAUGAAAGGAGGGUUGCCCGUGACCGUGAGUGCAAGCGUAAAGGGGAUAGUAUAGUAGCUGUAUAGUAACGUGAUUCGGGGUUCCUUGGUUUUUUAGCUGAUAUAAAAAGAAUGUUCAAGUUAUAUUUAUAAAUU